AUGGCUGUUUGUGUAGCUGUAAUUGGAAAGGAUAACUCGCCUUUAUAUAUUGGUGGAAUUGGUACUGACUCGAGCACUGAUAAUGAAUUAUCUAGACAAUGGCUUGUUCAUACUGCUCUUGAUGCCUUAGAGGAGAGGCUUGUGUCUAGCAAUACAAAUGCAGGAAAUGCUCCGGCGAAUGCAGCUCGCACGGACUUACGAGAUUUGUAUUUGGGUUUGCUAUAUUCUACAGAUACACAUAAAAUCUACGGAUAUGUGACAAAUACUCGUAUUAAAUUAGUAUUGGUAACAAGUUCUACAUCACCCAGCGGAAGUAAUAUAAGAGACGCAGAAGUUAGAACAGCCUUGAGAAGAUUACACGCUCUCUAUGCUGAUGCCAUCUGUAACCCGUUUCACUUACCUGGUGAUCAAAUAACUUCAUCAAAAUUCGAUAAGCAAGUCAAGAACCUGAUGUUAAAUAAUGUUUAA